GCCUGUUUAUAUUCAAAAUGGCGGCGCCCUGUGUCUCAUGCGAAAUUUCAUUGAAGUCCGGAGAAAGGACCAAUAUCAAGUGUGUUCUCGCUACAAAUGACGGGAAAUUCUCGCGUCAGUCUGUUCGAGAUGCUAUUUCUAAGGUACAGGCAGAUGUGAAUGCAUUUUUAACGGUUCAGGUGGAGAAAGAGAAGCAAGAAAGUGCACAACUAAAAAGCAGCGGUGUGAGGCCUCACGCCAAAUCCGGGGCCGCCGGAGACGCAGGCGGAGCAGCUGGUGGAGAGGGAGACCUUCUCACGAGUGUGACAGGCGCUGGGGAUGAUUCUGAUGAUGUGGGUUUAGAGGAGGAUGAAGAUGAUGAGGAGGAAGACGUUCCAAAAAAUGCAGACAAUGAUGAAGACCAGACGGGCAAAAGAGAAGCCAAGGACUGGGAUUCAACAUCAAGUAAAAAGUCCAAGUUAUCCGAUAGCUGACAAAAAUAAGACAUUGACCCUAAUCAGUGAUUUUAUGUUGGAAUCUAAAAGAUUGAUUAAAAUGUAUGGCUUGUACAGUUUAUAAUUUAUGUAUACAUUUAAAUAUUUUGCACUGAUGUAAAAUUGUACUGGCAGGAAGGAUGUGCUUGAAAAAUCCAUUGAACAGAUUGACAACUAGAUUAGAAUUUCCUGCAAUUUAAUUAUAAAGUAUCUGUAGCAUUCUGUACUAGGACUGUCAACCUCCGUGAUUGAUCAUCAUCAUCAUUUAUCAUCAUCAUUAUCAUUGAGUAUGGGAUGUAGGUGUUGGCCUGUAAUUCCCGGACACUACGUCUAGGCCUGGGUCUGGCAUCAUCACUUGAGAAAGAUACUAAAUAAUACAAAUACUUGUGUGCAUGAUGUAGGACUCUUGUUUUCAAACAAAUGAGCACAGUGGAGAAGUCAAAAGGCAUAAGAGUAUAAUUCUACACAAUACCUAUUACUCCCAUGAGCUAAAGGCAAAAUCUUAAUUUAGUAUUUUUACAGUCUACCUAAUCAGACUCAAAUAGUGUACCUGUAAUUUAAUUACCAUACUGCUAAAUUUUAAGUACUAGGUCGAGUUGAAACACUUUUAAGUCUCUGAUUUGUUGUACAACUUCUGGAAAAGAUACUUGUCUGUCAGAUUUGUUUUCUGCAUUUCAGUUUUUCCAAAUAAUGCCCUUUGGCUGAAUUAUCAAAAUAGUUGGAAUGCCUUUUCAGACCUCCCCCCCCCCUCCCCCCUCCCCACAACAACAAAAAUGUGAUCACAAUAUUUGAGAUACCUGCCCAGACCAAUGAUUGUGAGUAAGAUUGGCAGGAGAGGAUAGAAUUAUCUUUCUUUCAUUUGAUGUUUAAAGUAAAACAGGGUAAUGAUGAUAAUUAUUUAUUCACUUCCUAAUAACAAUUCCUGGAGUAUAUGAAAGAAAGUGCAAAAUGUGUACAUAUAUCUUUUUAUGAAAACAAAAGGAAGUGAAAAUGAUACAUUGCAAUUGUGUUUUUUCCCAAAAGUUAUGGUGUAUUACUUUAAUUGCGAAAUGUAUCUUGUAGCUGCAUAUGUAGUAUGCAAAAUGUGUAACUAAUACAAACAAAAUAUUGAUUGGGACCUUUGUCCUUUCACUUUCAUGUUGUGUUUUGUUUGAUUGAGACAUUGCUGCAUAAACAAAAGUAAAAGAUAUCACAGAAAUACCAAAAUUAGUAAGUCCAUCCCCAUUUUUUCACUUUAUUUCGUUGUUAAAAAUGAUGUAUCAGGGGAUUUAUUUCAUGAUACCAACACGCAGUCCGCGUAUAGAUCACCAAUUGCCCAUAUAUUUAUAUCCCUUAUGAUAAUUACAUGUAUUAUGUUAUCAAUUUGUUCAACUCUAUAUUAAAUCUAGAUUUACAGGGUAGACAUUCACUUAACAUUCACAUAAUAUUAUCUUACUGAAGCUUUACCGAAGUCCAGUCUUUUUUAUCUGUACAAUUGUAACUCUUGUAAACAUGCUGAUUGAUAUGUGUAAAUGUCUUUUUUUAUGUCUUCUUUUGAAGACCAAUCUUUCUUUUAAAAAUUAGACAAGCAAAAUGCAGAAGUUCAAAACAAUAUGGUUGUUGUCCAAAAAGUGUCGAAGGAGUAUUGUCCUUUGUAAGAUACAUGUAUAUAUACUUAAGUAUGUGUAUUUCCAUUUGGUGAAUGCCAGUAGGAAACAAUGCAUUUUAUUUUAUAAGCACAAAAAAAUAUCAAGCAAGAGGGAAUUUCAAAUUACUAUGUACAGUCGAGGGCUACAUAACCAUAUUCAAGACAUUAUUUGUUUGUGUAAAUGAUAAAAAUCAUGAUUAUGUAUUUUACUAUUUUAUGUCAAAAAUGUUUCUGUGUAUAAAGAUUAUUAAAAAACA